GUUGAAGCCCGAUGACGCGAAGGUGGCCAGCAUUCGUGAUUGGCCACGUCCUCAGUCUGUGACUGAGAUUAGAUCUUUCUUAGGAAUGACGGGCUACUAUAGGACUUUCGUUAAGAACUGCAGCAUAGUGGGCGCUCCUUUGACUGAUCUGACCCGCCUUGACACCCCAUGGGAGUUGACAGAUGAGUGCGAGGCUGCUUUCAGACAUUUGAAGCAUGCGUUGAUGCACUACGAGGUCUUGAAACUUCCUGAUCCUGAUAAGUCGUUUAUAGUCACCACGGAUGCCAGCCAAUAUGGCAUUGGCGCCGUGCUCGCGCAGGAGGAGGGGCCAAAGUUGAGGCCUGUAGAGUACAUGUCCAAGAAAAUGUCGUCUCAGAAGUUGGCUAAGUCCACCUAUGAGAAGGAACUCUAUGCGGUUUACAAGGCGCUGACCCAUUGGAGGCACUAUCUCCUUGGGAGGUUCUUCAUCCUCGGGAUUGAUCAUCAAACCCUAAGAUGGAUGAGAACCCAGUCGGUACUCUCUGACGCUCUCAAGUGUUCGAUCGAAGUCAUUGAGCAGUAUGACUUUGACCCUCAGUAUCUGAAAGGGGAGUACAACAAGGUUGUUGAUGCCUUGUCGCGUAGACCUGAUUUCUCAGGUGUGCUGAUUACCGAGUUCGAUCUAACGGACAAUGUUACUCAGUCCUUGGUGGAAGCCUAUCGCGAGGACCAGUUCAUGUCUGAGAUCAUACGCAGACUUCAGGCGAAGGACAAGAAGACCUCUGCCGAGUUUGAGUUGGUCAAUGGCUUGCUGUUCCUUGAGAAGGCAGGGAAUAAACGAUUGUGUGUCCCUAAUAGCGAGUCUUUGCGUAGUUUAUUUUUCGGUGAGUGUCAAGAUGCCACCGGCCAAUUUGGGUACAAGAAGACCGCAGCUAAUCUGCUGCACCGGUUUUGGUGGCCCACGAUGAUGCGAGAUGCCCAGCUGUACAUGGAGACUUGUCAAGUCUGUCAGAGGGACAAGCCACGUACGCAGGCUCCUCUUGGGCUUUUAAAGCCCCUUCCGAUUCCGGAACGGCCUGGUGAGAGUGUCCAUGGACUUCAUGGAUACUCUGGUCACCAGCAAGAGUGGGAUGCGACACAUCUUCAUCGUCAUGGAUAGAUUUAGUAAGUAUGCUAGGUUAGUAGCAAUGCCGGAAACAAUAAAGACAGA